AAGGAAGAGCGCACUGGAUGCCUUGCUUGCGGCAGCAAAAGUCGCAAAGUCACCAAAGCGCCAUGCGUGCAUGCAGAGAUCAUGGUGCCACAACACAUCCUAAAAGCAAAUUAGUGAAACGGAACGAACAUAACGCCGGAUCACCAAGACGAUCCCUGAACCCCACCCAGAUUGCAGCCGUCAGCCGCGCUGAGAGACCAACCUAGCACAUGGAAUCCUCGCUCUGCACACCAUCUCACGCGAUGGCGACCAGAGCGCAUGCCGCUCCGUCGACGGCUUCCCCGCGCCGUGCCAGCACGUCGCCGUCCCUGUCGCUGCUGCAGCCAGGACGCCUGAGGGCUCGCGCCGUGCGCGCGCAUUCAAGGGCGCCGGAGCCGGAGCCAGAGCCCCAGGCAGCGCUGCCCAGGACGACCGCGCUGAGGGUGGGCGCCGGCGUGGCGCUCGCUCUGGCAUUGGGCAGCGCGUCGUGGGCGGCGCCGCCCUGGCGCGGCGGCGGGGGCGCCGGGACCGCCCUCGUGCAGCCGGCCGCUUUGAUGUGCACGCUCAAUGCCGUCGCGGACGGGGCGGAGCGGGGCGGCGCCGGUAUCCCGGCGGCGGUGCCCGGCGUGAGGACGAGCGUGGACGCGCUCUCGGACUCGCUGUUCCGGCGCGAGGACGCGCCCAGGGACCGCGCCACCCUCACGGACCUCGUCUUUGAGCAAGUCACCAAGGAGCACAUCGGCGACAGGGGAAAGCUGACGAGCCUGCUGCAGAAGGAGUGGGCGGCGUCCCGCGACUCGGAAAGGAAGCUCGACCUCGGCCUGCUGCUCACUGAUGUGCUCGUCAACCAGAGAGAGUGGCAAAGGGCAAAAGAAGUUUGCCAGCAACUGACGGGGCGCUACCAACGUGACUCGAGGCCAUACCUACAUUUGGCUGUCAUUAACAUGAUGAUGGCAGUGGAGACCAUGCUGUCUCCGGAAACGGCCACCGCUGAUGAAAUCGAGAAGAUGUCCAAGAACGCCAUGGACGCCUGGAAAGAAUUCAAGAACAAGUACGAGUUAGCCAAGGGAGCAACGGAGUCCAGCGCCUGACCACCUGAUACAGUGCUUGCCUGAAGCCAAAGCUUUCUGUUGAGUGUUGAGUGUUGAAGUUUCUGGUCUUCGUUGUGUCUUAACAGCGUAGUUGCGUGUGAAGUUGCUUCCAUGCUUGUGACCGAAAUGUACUCACCAAGCCCUAUUUGUUUGUGUUUCCAAAAAAAAGUGUUAUAUGUUUCAUAUUGUAAUUACUUACCGAAAUUUAUAUUCGGCUAGUUGUGUUUAGAAAAUCAUGCCGGCAGUAUAUUCAGAACUGAAAAAGGAGACGAUGGAAUACUGAAUUUGUAUGCACCUUAUUCACUAGUGAUUUUUAACCAAGAAAA